GGAUGAUCCUGUCGCUGACAGUGAGUAUCGUCGAGCACUAGGCUUGCACUCAUUGACCCGAACACAUUUCUAUGCCCGAGCCUACGGCCUCUACACCGCUUCUUGGUAACAUGGCGUCGUCUUUCGUGAACUCCAGGGUUCUGUGGAGGACCGGUGCUCUCUUCACUGCCGUCGGUAUGCUCGCUGGCGCAUUCGGGGCUCACGGACUGCAGAAGAGGCCCGGUGUCACGCCGGAGAACAUCCGUGCAUGGGGUACUGCAGCUCAAUAUGCGGUAUUCAAUGGGCUCGGUUUGCUAUUGAUUUCGAUGCAUCCGCGUUUUGCGACCCAUAAAUUCGCCGGGCCCGCGAUCGCUGCAGGAGGUUUCAUCUUCUCCAGCAGCAUUGUUGCCUUGGUGCUCGCUCGGGACAAGUUCAGGUGGUUGGGCCCGUUCACUCCGCUCGGUGGCUCUCUUAUGAUCGCGGGGUACAUUGCCUUGGCAUUGUAAGGACCCCGUUGAGAGGAUGUGAGGGUCCUGACGCAACAUGGCCAGCCUGUGGAGCUGCUCAGCUCGAGUGUCUGUUUGGAAGUAGUCUGCUUUGUCGUUCGCAAUGCAUCCCCUCUCGUCGUAUACAAUAGAAAUAGGAAGAAAGCAUCGCGUUCUGGUUGCGUUGCCAGUGGGGCGGUUGGAACGCAG